CCACUGGUACCAUGUGCCAUCGAAAUGAGGACAAAACCCAACAAAUAACCAAACUUUCAUCAGUGGGGGCUCCCAUGGGAGGGUUUAUUGUGGCAGUGUGGGGCCCCAGCAGGUCUGAACUCUGCAGAAGAUGAGUUACAGCAUCUGAUCUGCUCCUGCUCCCUUGCCAUGUGGGCCAUAAGGGCUGGGAGGGGGGCUCCUUCCAGCCCCUCACUGCUGGGCUGUGUCAUCCCUGAGGCUGUUUUGGAAGUGUCUCCCUGAUGAUCACACCGGGGUGAUGAGGUGCUUCCCCGGGGUUGUUCCCCUCACCCUGGAGAAAUCUGGGGGAGACAUCAGAUCAGGGAUUGGCAGCAGAAAGCAGCUGCAGGGUUAGUGCUGACUGUGGCUCUGGGUGCUUUUCCAGCCCCUGACUCCACCUGGCCCCAGUUCCUGUGGAAGUGUGUCCUUGUGGGAGGCAGGGCUGGCACGGCCCCGCUGCCUGGGCAGACAGAUGCUGCAGCUGCAGCCCACGGCGGCAACUUCUUGCAGACUCAUAAAUCUGAGGGUCAAGGGGAGCUGAUUAACUGCUCUGAGCCUUUUCAUGGGACUGACUGUGGAAUUUCACCUCGUGUUCCAUGAUCCUGCCUAGGAGCUGCUGGGGGAGCCUUUGCAAAGACACGCUCUGUUUGUUCUGCUUUGGUUAAAAAGCUUUUUGUAAAAAAAAAAAAAAGAUGGAACUUCUGAGGAUUUUUGUUUGGUUGUUUUUUUUUUUUUUUUUACUAUGCCAAAUUUAUCUUGACUCCUUAUCUUAGAAUUCUCUCCUUGUAAAGGCAGUGCUGUAGGAAGUUUCCUGGGCAUUGAGUCAGGAGGAUGGAGGUCAUUUGUGUGAUUGCUGAGACACACGUGAUCUUUGAGUGAAUAUGCAUUUCUUAUGUAUUUACUUUUCCAAGCGCCUCUUGAUGGUUUUUUAAAUUAAAAUAAACCCUUUGCCCUGAGGGAAAGCUGAACUCUAUUCACAGCAUUCUUUUAAGUAGGUUAAAAAUUGCCCAAUGCUUACAUGGGGCUUUAAAAUUCAAAAGUGCAUUAUUUGUGUCUGUGAAGAGGCAAAACCCCCCUGAGCUGAUCCCGUGGGAGCAGAUGGUGGUAGCAGCUGUGGCUCUGUCACCCUGGGCCUUGGGGACAGUGGGAGCCCUGGCACCCAGGCUCCCCAGGGACACUUGGCACUGGUGGGACCCACAGCAGGGACCCCCACGGGGGCUUCCCUGGGGUUCUGCUGGGAGCAGGAUCCUGGCUGAGUUUCCAGGAUGGAGUUGGCCAAGACCAUUGGUGGAGCAGCACCGGGCAGGAGAGAUGGGCACAUGGGGCACUCCAUGCCAGGCUUUCCAUGGCCUUGGCUGGGUGCUCCUGGCCUCAGUUGGGUGCUCCUGGCCUUGUUUUGGUGCUCCUGGCCUUGUUUUGGUGCUCCUGGCCUUGGCUUGGUGCUCCUGGCCUUGUUUUGGUGCUCCUGGCCUUGGCUUGGUGCUCCUGGCCUUGUUUUGGUGCUCCUGGCCUUGGCUUGGUGCUCCUGGCCUCAGUUGGGUGCUCCUGGCCUUGUUUUGGUGCUCCUGGCCUUGUUUUGGUGCUCCUGGCCUCAGUUUGGUGCUCCUGGCCUUGGUUUGGUGCUCCUGGCCUUGUUUUGGUGUUCCUGGCCUCAGUUUGGUGCUCCUGGCCUUGUUUUGGUGCUCCUGGCCUUGUUUUGGUGCUCCUGGCCUUGGCUUGGUGCUCCUGGUCUCAGUUUGGUGUUCCUGGUCUCAGUUUGGUGCUCCUGGUCUCAGUUUGGUGCUCCUGGUCUCGGUUUGGUGUUCCUGGCCUCAGUUUGGUGUUCCUGGUCUCAGUUUGGUGCUCCUGGUCUCAGUUUGGUGCUCCUGGCCCAGCUCAGAGCUGUCACCAUUGGGGUCUCAGUGGUGUGCCUGAGCCCACAUCCCUCUGGCCUGCAGGUGGCUGUGCAGGUGGCUGCAGGUGGCUGCAGGUGGCUGUGGCUGUAACUGCCAGCCAAGAGCUGGGUGGCUGUGGGAUGAUGAUGCUGGCCAUUGUGGGGAGGAGGGUCCCUGGGUCCUCGUGUCUGUGCCUGGCUGUCACUGCUGUCACUGAGCACCCCGGGCUGCUGUGCCUGGUGUCCUGGCACGCUCCAAGCCACCCUGCCCCAUCCUUGCUCGGGGUGGAGGAUUCCCUUUUCUUUCUCUCGUCCCAUGCCAGUGAGUCUGGCCUGCCCUACACCCCUGCAGAUCCCAAGACAGCCACAGAGACAGACACAGAGAUCUGUGCAGAGUGGGAGAUCAAGACCAUUACUAGUGCACUGAAAACGUACCUGAGAAUGCUCCCAGGGCCCCUCAUGAUGUACCAGUUUCAAAGGAGCUUCAUCAAAGCAGCGAAACUAGAGAAUCAGGAGUCCAGGGUGUCGGAGAUCCACAGCCUCGUUCAUCGGCUCCCGGAGAAAAACAGGCAGAUGCUGCACUUGCUCAUGAACCAUUUGGCAAAAGUUGCAGAUAAUCACAAGCAGAACCUGAUGACUGUUGCUAAUCUGGGUGUGGUGUUUGGGCCGACGCUGCUUCGACCUCAAGAGGAAACAGUGGCUGCCAUUAUGGACAUCAAAUUCCAGAACAUCGUGAUUGAAAUUUUAAUAGAGAACCAUGAGAAGAUAUUUAACACGGUGCCAGAGGCUCCGGCGUCGAACUCGCAGCUGCUGUUAUCCCGCAAGAAGAGCACGGAGUCGAAGCCUCCCUCGUGCAGCGAGCGGCCGCUGACGCUCUUCCACACGCCCCAGCCCAACGAGAAGCAGGAGAACAGGAACAGCAUCAUCAACUCGAGCCUGGAAUCCGUCGUCUCUUCAAAUGUGAACAGCUUCCUCAACUCCAACAGUGCUCCCCAGCCCAGCCUGAACUCGAGUGAUCUUGAACUGGAAGUAAUUAAGCCCAACAGGCCAAAUUCCCUCCCUCAGAAUCCAAGCCCAACGUCACCCCUCUCACCGUCCUGGCCCAUGUUCUCUGCGCCAUCAAGUCCUAUGCCCACCUCCUCUACGUCCAGCGACUCAUCCCCCAUCAGCUCCCCGCUGCGCAAGGCGCGCGCGCUCUACGCCUGCAAAGCCGAGCACGACUCCGAGCUCUCCUUCACGGCCGGCACCGUCUUCGACAACGUGCACCCGUCCCAGGAGCCCGGCUGGCUGGAAGGGACCCUCAACGGCAAGACAGGACUGAUCCCCGAGAACUACGUCGAGUUCCUAUAACUGUGGGGUGCACAGAGCCACUGCUGAGCAUUCCAUGGUAUCCAUGGCGAGUCCUGCAGGCCCCUGUGCCCUUUGCCACUGCGUGACCGGGGUGAGGACACCCCUGUGCCCGCUGCUGGAUGCUCGUGCGGAUCAGACGUCGCCUCUCGUGGCAUUCCGCGGGGGAGUGGUCCUGGGGAGAUGGGGAGACUCCCCCAGCCCCGAGGUGGGGGUGCUUCGAGCCCACAUCCCAGCGAUGGAACACCAGCCAAGGGACAGCCAAGUGCCCCGAGGGGCCGAGCUGAAGACUGGGACUGGCCGGAGCUGCCCCGAGGGGGGGUUCCCUGCAGGGGGACAUUCCCCGGCUGCGCAGGGACCCCAGGGCCCCCCACCCGGCAGGGUCCCACCAAGGAGGAGUCCUGUGCUCCCAGAGCCUUCCCCGUGCUUCCCUGGUGGCCCAAGCACAGCCCUGGGUGCUGCCAGGGAGCACCCCGAGCUGUGGGGCAGGGCUGGGGGGCUGAGUGGGGCAGCCCUGGCCGCUGUCCCCUCCUUGUGCCACCGCAGCUCUUGCGGGCAAGAGCGAGCCCCGGGCGGGCUCUGCAGGGCUGGCAGGGCUCAGCAGGCACCUGCUGGCUGGAGAGAGGAUGUUUUGGACCAAACCUCUCAAACUCUUCUUUUUUUAUUUUCAGGAUUUUGACUCUGUGGGGUAAGCCUCAGUCUGUGCGAGGUGGGCAGCCCGUGCUGCCCUCCUGCUGCAGCCCCAGACAAACCCCAGUGCUGUUGUUUGGCUGUUUGGUACCUCCCCUUCCCCAGUCCCACUGUACAGACACAUCCGUGCUCCCAGCAGCGCCCAGGCUGCUGAUGUGCCCUGCUGGAGCUGCCUCUGCCUCUCUCCAGCGUUGCUUUUCGGGCCUCCCCUUGCUUGCAGCCUCGUCCGUGCCAAUCUGUGCAGUGCUGGUUGUGCCAGGUGAAUUAUUUCCAUCCUUGAGGGGCAUUUGCUGUUGGUGUGGCCAAGAUGGGGCUGUGGAGAGCCAGGGAGGAGCCCUUGGGCUGCACCAGCCCAGCUCCUUCCUCCAUGGACACGCCACGAGGGCUCGGCAGGGCGAGCGUGCAAAGCCCUCAUCAUUCCGGGUCCUUUGGAAGGGGGAGGGAGGGAGAAGGAGCCCUGUUUGACUGCAGAGCCGGGAUUCUGAGAGCUGGAAUCAUAUUUUAUAAAAAGAAAGUCUCAACCCCCAGGCCGCGGCGCUGGGGAUGGAUGUCGUGGCUUUUUGUAACAGUUUUAAAGACUCUGAGUGACUGAA